AUUCCCACUUAAAAGGCUGAAGAAUGAGGUACCGGCUGACAGAAGGAAAGCCCGGGGGCCUCUUCCACUGGCUUCGAGUCACCCUGCCCCCUGGAUGCUGGAAGAGGCCACCAUGGGACACCCCCCACCCGGCGCAGCCAGGACUUGGAUCAUUUUACUUUUGCUCUUGGGAGCAUGGGCAGGGCUCUCCAGAGCACAGGGGUCCAAAGUGCUGUCGGGUCAGGAGUGCUAUCCCCACUCUCAGCCUUGGCAGACGGCCUUGUUCCAGGGUGAGCGACUGAUCUGCGGGGGUGUCCUGGUGGGAGCCAAGUGGGUCCUCACAGCAGCCCACUGUAAAAAAUCGAAGUACACUGUGCGCCUGGGAGAUCACAGCCUAGAGAGUAAAGACGAGCCGGAGCAAGAGAUCGCCGUGGCUCGGUCCAUCCAGCACCCGUGCUACAACAGCAGCAAUCCCGAGGACCAUAAUCACGACCUGAUGCUCAUCGAACUGCGUCACAGAGCAUCCCUCGGGUCCAAAGUGAAGCCCAUCAACUUAGCCCCCCAGUGUGCUUACGUUGGCCAGAAGUGCACCAUAUCAGGCUGGGGGACUGUCACCAGUCCCCGAGAGAACUUUCCUGACACUCUUAACUGUGCAACAGUAGAAAUCUUUUCUCAGAAGAAGUGUAAAAAAGCUUACCCAGGGAAGAUCACAGAGGGCAUGGUGUGUGCGGGCAAUAGCAACGGGGCUGACACGUGCCAGGGCGACUCUGGAGGUCCUCUGGUGUGUGAUGAAGUGCUCCAAGGCAUCACGUCCUGGGGUUCAGACCCCUGUGGACGGCCCGACAGACCUGGUGUCUACACCAACCUCUGCCGCUACACUGAGUGGGUGGAGAAGACCAUGGGCAACCGGGACUGAUCCUGAGUCAAUAAACAGCAACUUAGGCA